GCUGUUAGGUUUUGACUACAUUGCUACCCGUACUAAACUGACAGCUGUGAGUCGGAAAUUUUAAACCGAGUCCCGUACCCUUCAAGGCUCAGGUUUUCCCUCUUAAACAGUCCAGAAUGGCUUUCCAGUGUCAGCGUGAUUGUUAUAUGAAAGUGUUUGUUACCUCUGUAGUGUCCUGCUGUCCCGCGGAGCUAAAACAGGAGGUGAAUGGAAAGAAAGAAACCCUCAAAGGCUUUAAUGUCAUUCUCCAAGAUACAGUUUUAUUUCCCGAAGGAGGUGGCCAACCAGAUGAUCGUGGCCUGAUAGGAGAGGCUCCAGUUUUAAAGGUGACUAGGCAAGGGCCAGAUGCCGUGCACUUUGUGACCUCACCUGUGGAGGUGGGUCAGGAGGUGCGUGUGAAGGUAGACUGGGAGAGGAGGUUUGAUCACAUGCAGCAGCACUCAGGUCAGCAUUUGAUCACAGCUUUGGCAGACUCGAUGUUUGGAUACAAGACCACAUCCUGGGAUUUGGGCCGUCACAGAAGCACAAUUGAACUGGACACUCCAUCCGUAAAAGCAGCGCAGCUUCAGGAACUGGAAGAAGCCGUAAAUGAGAAGAUCAGAGCUCACAUUCCUGUUAAUGUCCAACUCCUUUCUUUAAACGACCCUGCAGUGGAGAAGGUGAGAAGUCGAGGGCUGCCAGAGGACCAUGCCGGACCUAUUCGAGUUGUUGAUAUAGAGGGCAUUGAUGCCAACAUGUGCUGUGGAACCCAUGUGAAAAACCUCAGCCACUUGCAGGUUAUAAAGUUGCUGGGAACAGAGAAGGGAAAGAAAAACAAAACCAACCUGAUCUUCCUCGCAGGAAAUAGAGUUCUGAAGUAUGCAGAGAAGAGCUACAGCACAGAGCGUUCGCUGGUGUCUCUUCUGAAGACGGGUCCAGAUGAGCAUGUCCAAGCAGUGGACAAGUUGCAGAAGUCUUUCAAGCUGCUACAGAAGACGAACCUGAGCCUGCUUCGGGAUACGGCAGUCUUUAUUGCUCAGAACUUUAUGAACAACCCUGAGAGAGGAAACUUCUUCAGCUUACACAAAAAAGAAGGUGACAAUGAGUUUAUGAAUAUCAUCGCCAAUGAAAUAAAUACAGAGGAAAUUCUGGUUUUCCUCACUGUUGGAGAGGAAAAGGGACCCGGUUUGUUUCUCCUUGCUGGACCCAGCGGACAAGUGACUGAAUUAGGACCACAGAUUUUAGAGUUGCUUCAAGGAAAAGGCGCAGGGAAGAACGGGCGUUUUCAAGGUAAAGCCAACAGCCUGGCCAAGAGAGAAGAGGUGGAGGCUUUACUGAGACAACACUGCAAACAUCACAGCUCACAGGAAGGGUAAACCCAGCAGCCAUUCAGUUGGAGCAGAAAGGAAAAAUAACAGCAGUUAAUGUUGAUAAUCUGUCUUAAAGGUGCCGUACAGAGCUUGACAAAUUUGUGUGCACCCCUGAAAAAAUGUGAACAAAGAGCUUAAAAUAAAUUAAUCUUAGUUCAGUAGCGUAUUCUCAGUGGUAAACUGUAAAAAACUUUAUUUUGAGCACAUUAGCGGAUGCCCCUGCUGUUCAAACUCUGUCCCAAGGCAGUGCCAACGGUCCUAAAACAUUUCAAAAGGUUGGAGCAUACAGAGAUCUAGACACUUUGCAGUGUCUAAAUCGUCCUGAAUACUAUCUUCAGUUCACUCCACCUCACUGGUUUUCUUCUGGAUUUAGAUCUGGGGCUUGAUAUGACCAUGAGAGAAUGUUGAAUGUGUGCCUAGUGAACCAUUCCUGUGCUGAAAGACUCCCCUUGUGACCCAUUUUCAGUUUUCUGGUACAAUUGACCAUAUGUUUAGUUAAAAUGUAAAAUUUGCACUUCCAAGGUUUCCAAGGCCUUUGGAAGAGAAGCAAGCCCACAGCAUCACCGAUCUUCACCAUACUUAAGUGUUAAAAACCUGGGCUGUGAGUUUCUUAAAAGCUUGAUCUUAGUCUCUGGCUGAAGUUCUAGUGGAGUUUAGUAAACUCCACAUGCUAGGACACUGGUUCCUCUGGUGCUCAAUAUUGUCAAAGUUUUAUGGGCCUCCAGUAAGGUAUCUACAUAUUUAGAUCCUUCUGUCCUUGCCAGUUAUAGACUCAUCUCCAAGCUUCCAUUGACUGCAAAUAUCUUAAAGAAGGUCAUGGUGAACCAGUGAACUCCUGCUCUAGAUCAGCACAGCAUUAUUGGUCACUUUAUCAGGUUUUUGCAGAUGGCAUUGAACUGAAACAUCUCUUCUGAGAGGAUCAAAUGAAGUGAAGAGUGACAAGGGAAACUGUUCUGGCCUGCUAAUAUUGGACCUUACCUCCACUGUUAAUACAGUUGACCAUCUCAUUCUGCUUGAUAGGCCGAGGUUCUGGGUUAGUGACUCAGAUUACAAGUACAGAUCUCACUUUUAUUCAAUCUGUUUUGGUUGCAAGAAGUACCAUCUGAAUAUUAAUAGGCCUCAUAUAUCAGCCAUCAUCUCCCCCGGAUUUUAAAUAUCUGGUAUAGAAAACCCAUUUCAGUCGACCUCUGGCCUGAUUGAGUCCACUCAGUCUUGUUUUGCUACUUUAGUUUGAAUUUCAGUAAAUAUCUUCAGUAGCUCAGAACUAGAGUACAAGGAUUUGAAACUAUUUUUAAUAAUCAGUUAAUCACAUAUCUGCCUGCUGCUCAUCAUAGUCGCCAAAUUACAAUAAAUCUUUGUUUAUGUCUGUUCACAUGAGGAAAAACCUUUAGGGAAACUUUUAAAUAUGAAAGUCUACAUUUGACACAAUCAAGUGUGAAUCAUUAUUUUUGUGUUAAGAAAAUAUUUGUCUCAUACACUUAAAUUGUUUGUUCUUCAGGAAAUCUUUAAUUAUAAUAGCUAGGACUUUCACAUCUCCUGUAAAUGUCUGCAUAAUAAACAAAGUUGAUUUAAAACUUG